GACGAGUCCAGCACCCUCCCAAGCACUCCAACAACGAUCCCGGAGGCUCCCCUCGAAGGUGCAGCUACCACACAACUGAGCCGGGGAGUCGGUGGUCGCGGUGCUCAACUACGUGCCGUCUCUUCAGAGUCUUCGUUGAGAUCCCAUGGUCGGCACAAGCACUCCAUUCCCAACUUCCGCGACUUCCCCCCAGACCAAAGUCCGUUCUCUCCCAGGACGUUCUCCACCGCACUUCCCUCUUCUUGCGAACUAGGCUCUGGUCCAGGCGCAGACAUCCUCUUCUCCCCGGACCCCACCAGCGAGACCGUCGUCUAUCUUCCUGCAGCUGACUCCAGCCUUGAUACCGACAUUCCUCGGCAUCCACCUCAUCUUUCCGACGUCGCGGCGGGAGCAUUUGCAGGGAUCUUUUCGCGGAGUGCCCUAGUACCAGACGCGGCAGCGGAAGACAUUGGUAUACAGGUGGACUCGCCGGAUUGUGCUUAUGCCACCCCGGUUGAUGAUGCAGAGGAUAGCGCGGGCUCUGACAUCCUCUCUUCCCCUAGCGUGGAGCUGCCUUCCGCUGAGUCCAUACCCGGCGGUCACGGGUUCGCGCCUUUUUCGCACUCGGGCAUAGUCCAUCUCGGGCCAGUUGAGGACAGUAUGGAUAGGCAGUCAAGCUCGCGGUCUCCCUCGGGUCAUAUAUCCUCUAGUUGCCGGUAUAGUGUUGGUCCCGAGUCACACUCUCACUCGCAGUCACUUCCAGCUCGGGGAUCUGCUGAUGCCCGGCGGCGCUCUAUUACUCCUCCAAUUGAGGAACGAGAUACGGGUUCUCGAGGGCCCUCCGCGCAUCUCUCGCAGUCGCGUUCAAACCCAUCUUCGUCCUCCCCUACGUCUCGCUCAGGCAGCCGCGUAAGUGACUCCUCUGCGCUGGGCCAACAUUUCACGGUGCGGUAUCAGCACGUUGAAGACGAGAACGGCCAUCAUCUCAUUGUCGGACGCGAGGGAAGACUAACACGGUGUGAAGAUGAGCCCAUCCGUACGCCGGGUGCCGUGCAAGGCUUUGGUAUCUUGAUCGCCGUCGAGGAGGACAACGAGACAGGAAACCUCAUUGUCCGUCAGGUGUCCGAGAACUCAACUGAACUUCUUGGCCUUUCCCCCUCCUACCUCUUCGACUUGGAGUGUCUUUCGCAAACAUUUCCGGAUCAGCAGGCAGACGUAUUAUUCGACAAUAUCCAGUAUCUUUCCGACACCUCCCUCAGUUCCGAAGAACAAGCCGAGAACCUUCACGUCUUCAUGCUCAGCGGCUUUGGCGAACCCGGCACUGCGUCCUCCGAAACUCUGAGUCUAGAUCUACCUGAUCCUCAACGACGCCGAACAUGGACUUGCUGGUGUGCUGCGCAUCGCCCGCAGAUGGCCGCUCCCGCGAAUACCGCGUCGGAUGCGAGUGGUUCGGACAGCGCCCAUCAGAACAUUAUCAUCCUCGAGUUUGAGCUUGAACGCGACUUAUUUAACCCUCUCUACCCACCGCCUGUCGCCGAAGAAGGCAUCAUGCGGUCCGGCGUGUCCUCACCUUCCGACCAAUCUGGCUCUGCUUCAGCCUCCAAUAGCUCGGGAAAGACGCUUGUGUCGCAGAGCUCUAAUGGCACUUCAGCUGUUAGAACCCCGGAGCAGUCGACCUCUGUCGAUGACAGAUUUUCCGGCGAAGACACAGAUCGCACUGAUAGGAGCUCGCCUCAGUCCGCGCUUUCACCUAGUCCAACGACUCUCAGACAAACGCACAACGUACCCGAGGAGAACGAAUGGAUGCCAAGCGCUGAGGACGUUCUUGAGAGCACGACUUCCCGUUCAAAACCUCUCCUCGCUCUUGAGCGCCUCCGUCGUAUACGACGGCCGGGCCUAGUUGGGGAACUGCUCACACCAGACUCAGGACGUGGUAUUGAGAGUGGGAGCGCUACCAUGGCGAGCGCGUCGAUAUCAUCCCGGGGCAACUUCCGUCGGCGGCGUGGGACUGGCGCUGUUGGGAUGAUGGACGUCUUCGCGGUUAUGGCUCAGAUCAACGAGCAACUCGGCGCUGCACCAGAUUUGGACACGUUCUUGAAGGUUAUGGUGGGCGUGAUGAAGGACUUGACGCAGUUCCACAGAGUCUUGGCGUAUCAGUUUGACGAGGCAUGGAACGGACAAGUCGUAGCGGAGCUCGUGGACUGGAAGCAGACCCACGACCUGUACCGUGGUCUGCACUUCCCAGCAACUGACAUCCCCGCUCAGGCACGGGAGUUGUACGCGCUGAACAAGGUUCGACUGCUGUACGAUCGAGAGCUGCCCGCGGCCCGAUUAGUUGUGCGACGUAAAGAGGACUUGGAUAAGCCCCUCGACAUGACGCACUGCUACCUGCGAGCAAUGAGCCCCAUCCACUUGAAGUAUCUGGAGAAUAUGGGUGUACGAGCGUCCAUGUCGGUGUCGAUCGUCGCGUUUGGUCAACUCUGGGGCCUUGUUGCAUGUCAUUCCUUUGGCUCCCACGGGAUGCGUGUCUCGUUUCCCGUGCGGCAGAUGCUCCGUCUGCUCUCGCAAACGAUCUCUAGGAAUAUAGAGCGGUUGAGCUACGCUCAGCGGCUACAUACACGGAAGCUGAUCAAUACUAUGCCUGACGACCGACAUCCGGGUGGAUACAUCGUUUCGAACGCAAACGAUCUCCUCAGUUUGUUCGACGCCGAUUAUGGCGUUUUGGUCAUCGGUGAAGGCGCGAAGAUUCUGGGACCAAACCAGCACGGCCAAGAGAUUCUGAUCGUCGCGGAGUAUCUGCGACUCAAGCAGUUCAACGCCCUUCAAGUUUCGCAGGCGGUGACCAUUGACUAUCCUGAUCUCAAGCUCACCACUGGCCUGGAGAUCAUCGCUGGUCUGCUAUAUAUCCCGCUGUCAGUAGGUGGCUGCGACUUCAUUGCUUUCUUGCGCAAGGGUCAGCCUCGCCAGGUCAAGUGGGCUGGUCGGCCAUACAAGCCAGGUGACGGUGAAGGACUCCUGGAGCCCCGAGCGUCGUUCAAGACAUGGUCCGAGUCGGUCGCAGGAAGGUGCCGGGCAUGGACAGAUGAGCAUCUUGAGACCGCCGGCGUACUUGCUCUGGUGUAUGGGAAGUUCAUCGAGGUGUGGAGACAGAAGGAGAGUGCGCUGCAAACGACAAAGCUUACCAACAUCCUAUUGUCUAAUGCGAGCCAUGAAGUGCGCACGCCUCUGAACCACAUUAUCAACUACCUCGAGUUGGCGAUGAAUUCCCCUCUUGACAAGGAGACUAUGGAGAAUCUCAGCCACUCCCAUGCGGCGUCGAAAAGUCUGCUGCUUACGAUCAACGACUUGCUCGACCUCACGCGCCUCGAGAGUGGUAAUGAGACCUCGUUCAAUGAGCCCUUCGAUUUGCAUCUGGCAAUUGAAGGCGCCACUCAGCUCUACCGCAAUGAGGCCAGCAGACGUGGACUGCGGUUCAACCUCGAUCUUCAGAAUUGUCCUAGGCAAGUCAUCGGCGAUAGCAAGAAGAUCCGAACCGUGGUUGCAAAUCUGACGGCCAAUGCCCUUAAAUAUACGACGCAAGGAGAGAUUGCCGUCGUAUCGCGUUAUUUCGACGAGCCUACCGGCUUACGCAACUCAGGUGACGUCGCUAUCGAAAUUGUAGUAUCGGACACCGGAUGUGGAAUCCCUACCGAGAAGUUGGAGAGCAUAUUCCGCGAAUUCGAGCAGGUUGAAAGUGCGCCACAGCGUACACAUUCGCCUGGUCUCGGCCUUGGGCUUGCGGUCGUUGCUCGCAUAGUCGAACAGCUAGGUGGCCAGCUGCGGGUCGACUCGUCUUUCGGCCAAGGCAGUCGUUUCUCUUUCCUACUCCCACUUACGACGGAAAUGUCGAGUGGUGGUCGCUUGACGAUCUCUUCGCCGCAUUCAUCCCGCUCAUCCUUGUCCUUGGCUCGUUCGAGCAAAUCCAGAUCGCUCAGGAGUAGCGGCAGAGGUUCAAACAUCGACCAUCUCGUUCAAGCUCUGUCCGCAAGCCAUACGGACGAUUUCCCCAAGCUGACAGGAUUGCCUCAAUCCCAAAUAACAAGGCGCGAAUCUCCUGCUGGUACACCGAACGAUAGCAUGGUCGAGAUUCUAGGCUCUGCCAACCCUCUGCAGCCUGUGAAGAAUGACACGGCGCACCUCCCCAAAUUGCGGAUUCUGGUCGUAGAGGAUAAUGACAUCAACCGUAUGAUCCUGGCCAAGCGGCUGUCACUCGAUGGACAUACAGUUGUGAACACGACAAAUGGCCAGGAGGGCCUCGAAGUCGUUGAGGCUGACCGCAAUUUUGACUGUGUCCUCAUGGAUAUCCAGAUGCCCCUCCUCAAUGGGUACGAAGCUACCGAACGGAUUCGUGCGCUGGAGCAGGAUCAGGACCUUAUCGACCGCGUCUCUCACAAACUGAACGGCCGGAUACCCAUCUUCGCUGUAUCCGCUUCGCUUUCGGAGACGCAGCGGGACGAGCUAUACAAGCUCGGAAUCGAUGGCUGGAUCCUCAAGCCUAUCGACUUCAAACGCUUGAGGACCAUUCUCCGUGGGGUCGUCGACUCGUUGCAGCGAGAGAAAGAUGUUUACCAUCCUGGCGCCAACUGGGAGGUCGGCGGCUGGCUUUCACGACCGAGCCCCCAGCCGGCUUCAUGACGAACACCGGCUCCAUCGAACAAGUACUGCUCGCCGCGCCAUUUCCAAAGGCAUCAUGCCUUCAUGCAGGGCCUCUCGCCAUCCUUAGACCUAUGUCUUCUCCUCGGCUUCCCAUACCAUACCUCAAUUCACGCCUACCACGGCGACCCAAAGGAUGGCUAUAUGCAUACUGUAAUAAGGACGGACAAGGCACAUACACGAUAGCCUUCUCGUUCUCUCCGCGUGUGACGUGUCUCCCGCUCUUGUUGGCCAUAACUGUAGCCCAUACGCGCCCUGCAUGUCUCUCUGUAUACCUCCGCGGCCUCACAUAGCCGUCGCGAUGGCAUCAUCGCCACACUUCGUGUAGUAUUACAACCGUCAUCGCAUCCUCAUCCUGGACACUAUUUGGUUUCGUGACAUUCAUCAUACGUACCUUGCAUUGUGCAUACCCUUCUUG